AGGACAUAGGCGGACAUAGACGGACGUGACACCCCCCCCCCUAUAUACUGAAACAUCUGAGGUAUAUUCCUGAACUUCUUUGUUGCUAUAUACUACUCCUUAAAGAAUGUCUUGGCACUUCAAACUCAUACCUGGCCCUGCUAUCAUUGUCAUCAUAAAAGCAGUUUCUGUGGUUUGUAAUCAUCACAGCUGGAGAGAAGAUAAAAAGGGCAUCAGACCAGAUCCUUCUGGGGAUAGUUUGUCAGUUGGCUUUAUAAUCCUAAUUGCUGCAAUCUGCACGGGUUUCUCAGUGGGAAUUGUUUAUGCUAUUUCGCAAUAUUUUGGUGCCGCAUGCUGUUACAGAGAACCACAACCACAAGCACCUGGAUAUCAUGAACUUGGCAUUCCAAGUUACAGAGAUGCCCUAAAAUAUGACAUUCCACCAAAUUAUGAAGAAACUGAUCCUCAAGCAAAAACUAUUGUUUCCCAGAACAUUUGAAGUAUCCACAUAAUUGCAUACUUUGCCAGCUUUAACUUCCAAGUUUCACCUGUGCAGAAUACUUUCUGUUUCAUGGAAACAAAUAUAGUAAACUAUUGUCAUGGUGGCCAAGUUUCAUAAAAAAAAACAUUACCAAGGUAGUAAAAAUGUAAGCUUGGUGAAAAAUGACCACGCUGAGUAAACUAUGUGGUGACCCUCGAGUUUUUUGCUCUUAUGCUACACAUAAGGACCCUACAGAAAAUGUAUUGGAUUAAGUCAAGGGAUCGGAUUGACAAGUAUUGUUACUACCUUAUAUGGUUUUGCUGGCUACAUUAUUGUGGCACCCUUAUAAUCUUAUUGAUAAGUGUGACCCAUAUCAGCUUGAUUAAGUUAGAAAGCUUUGAUCAUUUAUAAAUCAGUAAUAUUUUAGUCUUUUAAAUUAUACACUUAAAUCAGUUUAAACUUUUGUCAAGUUUGCAGAUGCAUGAUGUAUUUAUUAUAUUACAAUUUUUAGAUGUUAUACUAUACUACAGAAUGGAGUUAGAAUUGAGUUAGAUGAUAUCGAAUUUUAGAAUAUUUUUACAUUUUUAUUUUGUAUGAGAUAUUCAUAUUUUUAAAGCAGUGACCAUCAAACAAUUUUAUUAAAUUUCACAUUAUAUUUCAAUAUUGAUUUUGUCCGAUGACGGACUCAGCUU